UAUGGCGGACACACAGGAGCUCCAGAGUGAGAAUUUCCCAGGUGUUAAGAGGUCAUUCCCUGGUGGUACAGAGGUCAAGAAGAGGGAGAGACACCUGUACGUGUCAUGGGACGAAGUAGCGUGUAAACUGCUGCAGGAGAAGCUGCUACUGACGGCGCUGGAGCUCCAUACUGAGCUGGUGGAGGCUGGUGCUGAGCUACCCAGACUCACAGAUUAUUUCUCAAAUCCUGCAAAUUUUGAGCACUGUGCACCUGUCAAGUACUCUGACCUCCAUACCUCCACCUCGGGGCUCGCCCUCGCACGAUACUCCAGUCAAACUACCCUAGAUUCUUUGGACUGGGGUCACCUGAGUGAAGACGGGGAGAGGGCAGUGGAUGAACGAGUGGCCGUCCUCGAGUUUGAACUACGCAAGGCUCGUGAGACAAUACAGGGACUGAGAACUAACCUCACACAAGCAACAGAACCUGCUCCAUGUGUUGAAAAGGAAGAAACGAAUCAGUCAGCUGUUGUAGCAUCGUUGUCAUCCAUCCGUCCACAUGAAAAGAGAACCUUGAACUUCCUAAUUAAUGAAUACCUUGUAACAAGCUCAUACAAACUAACUGCGAUCACCUUCGCCGAUGAGAAUGACGAUCAGGAUUUUGAACACUGGGACGAUGUGGGUCUGAACACUGGUCGACCACCCAACUUGGUGCAGCUGUUGCGGGAGAGCGGACACUCGGCAGCUCAGCUCAAGUCAUGCUCGUCCCAGACGGAGAACAACUCGCAGCAGCAGGUCACCCGACUGGAGGCAGAUAUAGAGAAACUACAAGAUGAAUUAAAUGAGAUUAGAAGUAGUUUUGAGGCCCAGGAGAGGGAACUCCAGAAACUGAGACGAAGAACCUCCACACCGAGGAUAACUCUACCCACAUCACCUCAAAAGCAACACAGUCACAUUCCAACUGAGGUACACGAAGUUAGUUCCAACAAGUCAAGCCCACUCACCGUCGAUAAAGACGGCAGGGAAUCACCAGAAGGUACCUCAGACAAUGAAGAUACUUCCACCGGCGCAGGUUUUAUUGUAACUGCUGCCGCUGUGCCACUCAGGACUCGAACAAUUGGAUCUUCCACAAAUGUUGAAUUUAAAAAUAGUCUGGAAAAUAUAAAGGAGGUUAAUAAUGAAGGCGCAGAUCAUGUUGAGAAAAAUAAAAUUAUUAAUGCUGUAAGUGGCUAUGAAGAUUCUUCAGAAUCUAUUGAAACUCUUAUACAAGACAUUCAUGGAGAUGCAUGCAGUAAUUUAAGCGAGCAGCUCUCGGAGAACAUGGAGAAGGAAGUCACCUUGAAUGAGGAAGUCACAGUGGAGCCAGAGAUCAAUCUGUAUAAAUCCUCAAUGCUACCAGAUGUUGAACCAGAUGCAGAGAGUCUUGAUGACUCCUCUGCUACUCAGAACUAUCAGCCUCAGCCAAAGGAUGCUAUUGGUCAUGCAGGUACACUCGCUGACAGUACAAGUUCUGCAGAAGUAUACAUAGAGCAGCUUAAGACUGAGGCAAGAAAACUGUUGAGAGCUUCUUCAAAGAGGUGUCCACCCGAGGCUUUUGAGGAGCAGGUGCUGCAAGUCAGUCUGGGUCACACAAUACGCAGAAAUUCCCGGCUACAGGAAGAGGUAGCAACGCUGGGCCAGGGUAGUCAGGAACUUUUGGACGUGGUGGCAACCUCUCUCCACAACAUUGCUCCAAAUGUCAUACUGGCAAAGCGUGAGGAAUUGUUACCACUACUGAUUUGUGGAGUUAGUCUGCACAAAGUUGGAGAAGAAAGGGAACGCUUGCUCCACCUGCUAUUUAACUUGAUCAAGCGACCAGAUGAGGAGCAGCGCAUCACUAUUCUGACGGGACUUGUUGGUCUGGCUCGCGUUCUUGGAGCCACUAAGCUCGAGGCUGAACUAUUACCACAGUGUUGGGAGCAACUGACUCAUAAGUAUGUUGAACGCCGGCUGUUAGUGGCUCAGUCUACUGCUGCAUUGGCUCCCUACACCCCACCACCACUGAGGAACUCUCUCUUGCUUUCCAUGCUGCUGCAACUUCUGGCUCCUGGAGGGGAGAAAGAGACUCGGGUCAGAGAGGCAGCAUUGAGAAGCUUAGCUCUACUAGUCACUUACUUAGAUGACCAAGACAAGUUACCUGUUCUUGUGGAUGCUUUACUAAAUUGCCUCGAGAAUCCUGGGACUACUGCCGAUCCUUCAUCUCCUGCGGCACUGGAUGCAUCUUUCGUGACGGCAAGGUCUCCAACAUCCCCUAGAGCUACUGACAUGCUCCUCUCAUCUCUGGCCAUAUGGGCUGUUGAAAUCAAUAAACUGAAUCUCAUACUAGACCCCUUGUUAGCAAAACUAAACCAAAUGGCAGUACACUUCAAGCAGCAACAAGCAACACCACAAGCCUCUCAGGUUUUGGGGCAGCAGCCUAUCAUUCCUGUGAUAGAGGCACUUACUAAGAUAAUUCCAUUCAUCCUGGCAACACUCAUCAAUUCAAUUCCUACUCUGGAGAACCACCACAUCACUGGCACGUCUUUAACUUCUUUAUCAGCCACGAGUGCCUUAGAAGAAUUAGAAAUCAUAAUUGGUAGUAAAAUCAAAGCUGAAACUGGUUUAUCCAAGUUCCAUCAGUAUGUUUCAAAGGAAUGGUUUAAAUCUUGGAAAGAACUUGAUUAUAUUACUCAAAAGUUCAUUCCUGCCAUAAUUGAACCACUCUCUUACAUUGAUGCUUCAAAUGUGCCCAUUAUUCAUGCAUUUAUUAAGCUGUUUUCUCAAUUGCCGAUUUGUUUUGGGCCGUAUAUAACAGCAUCAAGCAUUACUCCCAUUUUUAUGGAACACUUGAGUAUCGAUGAUUCAGCACUGGAAGUAGUGCGCCAGGGAAACACCGGCCUCACUGGCUCCCUUGUAGUUGUCUACAUCGUAGCUUUCUUGGCAUCAAAUCAAGGAUACUCUGAAAAGACGGGGGAUCUGGAAGGCUUCUUGGCCAGACAAAUCAGCAUUCUUGCUUUGUGUCGCGCACAACCCGAUGCACUCUAUGUGGCUGUCUCGACUCUCUUGCAGUCCCAGCGUAAUCAAGACUCCGUGCUUGGAGCGCUGUGGUCGUGUGUGGUUCAUAAGUCCAGUAUGGUGAGGGCAUGCAGUGCUGGGUUGUGGGGCAUCGUGGUGACUAGUGUGGAGGAUGCUGCUCUAGGCUCGCGUGUUGUGCCAGCACUUGUUACUCUAGCAACAGACCCGGACAUACAUGUCAAGGCCUCGGCAGUUCAUCCUCUGGCUACUGUCAUCACAACGACAACGAACAAUGAGGUACUAGACAAAGUGUGGCUCCAGCUGGAGACUUUGUGCGAAGAUCCAUCUGUGAUGGAAAACUUGGAAUUUCAGCUGGCAUUGGCCCGCACCUGCUGUCUUGUGGCGCACACUGCACACCCUCGACUCCUUCAUCAGUUCUUGCUGCCUCAGCUGUGUCGACUGGCAAUGGACGGACACCACGGUGAAGAGGAAGCAGCGGUACUGGGAGGGGAACUGUUGGAAGCUUACUCUGCUCUCACCUGCUGUCAUCUACCAGAUCAUGUAGUGGCUCACUUUGUACUUCCUCCACUCAUGCAGCUUCAGAAAACAUUAGGAUCAGCAACGUUUGAACACAUGGAGACUAUCACUGACCUUAUACGGGAGUACAACAUGCACGCACAGGCCUCCCAUGGACUAGAGCGACGCAAAUCCAACCUAUCACUUAGUGGAGCGCUGCCCGUCCACCCCGGCGUAGACGACAUGAAGAACAAAGUGAGCAAGAUGUUUGCUUCCCGCCCGUCCACCAAUGCUCUGCAAGCCAAGGCUCAGGCUAUUAACGUCAGUCUGCCGGGCUUCUUGAAGAAGAAAUAGAAAUCAGCCGGUUACGAAUUUCUAAUUCGUAAAAAUGUUUUCGUGUUGAAUAUACGCAAGGUGCAAGGGAGGUGGAGGAGGCUCAAAGAUCUCACAUUAUAAGUAUUUUUUUAAAAUAAUGUACCUAUUUAGUACACUAAGUUCCAUACACAACCUGCCCAUGGGAGACUGAAACUUAAGAUGAUGUUUUGGUCCGAUUUGGACAUUAAUUAGCCACACCGGACUGAUACAUCAUAAGUUUCAAUCUCUUAUGUACGGGUUAUUUCUGUAUCGUUCCCGUCAUGGUAUUGUGCCUUUUUAUUCUUUAUAUACUAAGUUCCCUUAUAAAGGUAUUCUAUCUCGGUAUUGUGUCAUAGUUUACAAGUGCGGUCGAAGAGAAACGACAUCAAUAAUUGAUUAGCAGAUACAGAACAUGCUAUUCAAUUUUUGGAUGCGUUCUCAAUCAAAUUUACAAAAACUUGCCGUAUAAAGCAGUUCUACGAGAGAGCUGACUAUAUGGUAUAGUUCCCUUCUUUGAGUUUUAUUGAAAUAUAAAAUAUGAUAACACUAUCACAGUGAAAAAUGUAUACAAAGGAAAUACCCAAAUGGUUUUGUGUGUUUGUACAUUGUGUACAUCCUGUACAUUGUGUACAUCCUGUACAUUGUGUACAUCCUGUACAUUGUGUACAUCCUGUACAUUGUGUACAUCCUGUACAUUGUGUACAUCCUGUACAUUGUGUACAUCCUGUACAUUGUGUACAUCUUUGGAGAUAAGCUCCACUGAAGAUGGGAGGUGUAAACCCACAAGGGCUUCUGGUCAUUUCUGUUCUCGUCAUUUUUGCUGCCAUUUUUAUUUUUUUCGUAUAUAAUAAUCUCUUUUAUAAAGUUGUUCUCUAUAGUGUGAUUUUUUUAAUUUGGAACUGUCAUUAAAAAAGGCAUCCAGAUUUGCAUACCACAUGAAAAGGCCUUUGUAAUUUGCUAUUCAAUUUUGAAAAGACUUUUUCAAUUGCAUUUACAUAACUCAGACCACACUGAAUAAAAGAGAACUUUCUCGGUGUAAUUACUCA